GUUAGAAAGAAUGUAAAUGUGGCGGCUGAGAGGUAAACAAAGAUUUGGCUUAGAAACAAUUUUCAUAUAAUAAAGCCAAGUAAGCACUUUGCCGGUGAUGUAAAGUGCAGUGAUAAAGUCUUACGAAAUAUAGUUAAUAUUAGAAAUGGCGUCCGUUAAACUAAGUAGUAACGGCAGCAAAUCAUCAACGGAUUCUGAUAAUCCUCCCGAAUUGCGAAUUCUUUGCUUUGAUCUUACCUACUAUAACCGGACCACGCAAUUUCUGUUGAGCUGUGCAGGCGUUUUUGUGCUUUACCUUAUAUAUGGGUAUCUGCAGGAACUGAUUUUUACGGUGGAAGGCUUUAAACCGUAUGGAUGGUUUCUCACGCUUGUACAAUUCGGCUAUUACAUAUGUUUCGGUGUAAUCGAACGUGAUUUAGAGACUAGACGCAGAAUUAAACUACUGCCAGGAGGUACUGUUGAAACUUCAGAGCGUCGUAUACCAAUGCGUACUUAUUUUCUGCUUGCCGCGCUAACACUCGGCACCAUGGGACUGUCUAAUUCUAGUCUGGGCUAUCUGAACUAUCCCACACAGGUUAUAUUUAAGUGUUGCAAAUUGAUACCCGUCUUGGUGGGCAGCAUUUUGAUACAAGGCAAACGUUAUGGACCACUUGAUUUUGCUGCCGCCUUCGCUAUGUGCAUUGGAUUGGCUUGGUUUACACUAGCCGAUUCGCAAGUCUCACCGAAUUUCGAUCUCACUGGUGUCGCUAUGAUAUCAGCAGCACUGCUUUGUGAUGCCGCUAUAGGAAAUGUACAGGAGAAGGCUAUGCGUGAACAUCAUGCGCCAUCAAGCGAAGUUGUGCUCUAUUCGUAUGGUUUGGGUUUUAUUUACCUAUUCGUUAUACUGAUGGUGACCGGUAAUUUCUUUAGCGGUUUCGCCUUUUGUCUUGAACACAUGUUGGAAACUUUCGGCUAUGGCUUCUUCUUCAGUUUAUCAGGUUAUCUGGGCAUACAGUUUGUGUUGGCUUUAGUGCGUAGCAGUGGUGCGCCAGUGGCUGCCACCGUAACGACAGCAAGGAAGGCAGUCACGAUUGCAUUAUCGUUUGUUUUCUUCAGCAAACCAUUUACUUGGCAAUAUCUGUGGUCGGGCUUAAUUGUGGUGCUGGGCAUAUAUUUAAAUGUCUACAGCAAAAAGAACAAAAUGACUAUGCGUGAUUUUCAACAGAAAUUCAAGUAUGCGCUUAACGCCUUCCGUAUUUUCGAGCGUUCUACAAGCCGCAAGUUCUUAGUAGAAGUUUAAACGUAUGAAAAUUUACAUAUAUAUCUUGUACUUCAAAAAGUACUUGAAUUUAGUAAAUUUGUAAAUGUUCGUUACUAUUAUGAUACCAAAAUUAGAGUAGCUCGAUUUGACAACAAUCACUUUUUAGUUGUAGUUUGACUAUAGCGCGUAGUGAGUAAUGCUAACACAUUUUGUGAAGUAAAAUAAUAUAAUGAAUUUAAUUGAUGUAGCCAUAUGUAUAUGUAUGUGUGAAUUAGCAACGACUAAUCACCUUAUUUUAUUUUGGUGGUUUAUUGAAUUGAUAUAAAUCCUAAUUAUGUAUGAAUGUACCAUUUUUCUUAUAGAUGUAGACUACAGUGUGUAAAAAUAAAAACAAAAAUAAAUUUAAAAA